CAGUUGCCGGCGGCGGGCUGGCGUGCGUCUGGCCGCCUCACGCGGUUGCUCCGCGGUGCGGAGCGCCGGGCCUGGGACUCCGCGGGCGCACGGUUGCGGGUGGCGCUCGCCGCGCUGUCUCGGCUACCUGCGCCUGGGGUCGGCGGGCAGAACUUCCCGGACCACCUGGACUCCAAGCGAACCCCCGGGCCCCGAGCGGUUCUGGCCGGCCGGGAGACGCCCCCUAGCCCCCACCACAGAGUGGCCGUGUAGGACUAGCGGAGCGGCUGGAGGAAGAGGAGGCGGCGCCGCCGGGACAGCCUCUUCCCCGCCCCUCGCGUCUCCUCCCCGCGCCACCGGGAAGGACAAGGGGACUGGGCACUGGGACCCCGGCCAGUGAGCGCCCGUGCCCCGGGGCCGCCCCUCGUGCGCGCUCUCUUGCCGCGAGCCGGGGCAGCUCUCGCUUCACCCGGUGCCGGCCGCAGCCAUGAGCCAGGACGCGGACCCUAGCGGCUCCGAGCAACCGGACAGAGAUGCCCGUAGCGUGCCCGGUGCCCCGGCGCCCACAGCCCCGGGCCCGCGAGGGAUGCAGCCGCCGCCGCCUCCGCCCCCGCCCCCAGCUGGUCUACCCCAGAUCAUCCAAAAUGCCGCCAAGCUCCUGGACAAGAACCCGUUCUCGGUCAGUAACACGACCCCUCUGCUCCCUUCGCCUGCCAGCCUCCAACUGGCUCAACUGCAAGCCCAGCUCACCCUCCACCGGCUGAAGCUGGCACAGACAGCUGUCACCAACAACACUGCAGCCGCCACGGUCCUCAACCAAGUCCUCUCCAAAGUGGCCAUGUCCCAGCCGCUCUUCAACCAGCUGAGGCACCCGUCUGUGAUCAGCACCCCCCACAGCCACACCGGGGUGCCCCAACAUGCCGCGAGUGUGCCCAGUGCCCGGUUUCCCUCUAAUACAAUUGCCUUCUCCCCCCCCGGCCAGACACGAGGUCCAGGCCCCUCCGUGAGCCUCCCCAGCCAGCCCCCCAGCGCUGUGGUGGUGCAUCCCUUCGGCGGCGUCAUGCCCCAGACCCCUGCCCAGCCUGCGGUCCUCUUGGGCAUCGGCAAGACCGGGACAGGUCCCUCGGCAGGGUUCUACGAGUACAGCAAAGCCCCGUCCGGCCAGGCAUAUGGCUCUGAAACGGAUGGUCAGCCCAUCUUCCUGCCAGCCUCGGCCUCCACCUCGGGCAGUGUGACCUAUGAAGGGCACUACAGCCAGUCAGGACAAGAUGGCCAGGCUGCCUUUCCCAAAGACUUCUAUGGAGCCAACUCCCAAGGGUCGCACGUGGCAGGCGGGUUUUCAGCGGAGCCAGCCGGGGGCCUGAAAGGUGAGGUGGGUCCACUUCUGCAGGGUCCAAACAGCCAAUGGGAGAGCCCGCACGGAUUCUCUGGCCAGGGCAAACCCGAUCUCACAGCUGGCCCCAACCUGUGGCCUCCGCCCCCCAGCCAGCCCUAUGAACUGUAUGACCCUGAGGAGCCUACCCGGGACAGGACCCCUCCUUCCUUCGGGGGUCGGCUCAACAGCAGCAAACAGAGUUUCAGCGGUGCACGGCGGCGGGCCAAGGAGGAGCCGGCGGUGCUGUCCGUGCGGCCCCUGCAGCCGCACGAGCUGAAUGACUUUCACGGGGUGGCGCCCCUCCACCUGCCGCACGUCUGCAGCAUCUGUGACAAGAAGGUGUUUGAUUUAAAGGACUGGGAGCUGCAUGUGAAAGGGAAACUCCAUGCUCAGAAAUGCCUGGUCUUCUCUGAAAACGCUGGUGUCCGAUGUGUACUCGCGCCUGCAGAGGGCGCUCUGUGUGCCUCUCCCAACAGCCCGGCUGUUUACAACCCCGCUGGGAACGAAGAUUAUGCCUCCAGUCUUGGAACGUCGUAUGCAGCCAUUCCCGCAAGGUCAUUUGCUCAGUCAAACCCCACCUUCCCGUCGGCUUCCCCAGGGACAAAUUUCACGCCGCGGAAGGCGGGCGCCGGCACCGGCCGCGUGGUGCACAUCUGCAAUCUCCCCGAGGGAAGCUGCACGGAGAAUGACGUCAUCAACCUGGGGCUGCCCUUCGGCAAGGUCACCAAUUACAUCCUCAUGAAGUCUACGAAUCAGGCCUUUUUGGAGAUGGCUUACACAGAAGCUGCUCAGGCCAUGGUCCAGUAUUACCAAGAAAAAUCUGCUAUGAUCAAUGGUGAGAAGUUGCUCAUUCGGAUGUCUAAGAGAUACAAGGAGCUGCAGCUGAAGAAACCUGGGAAAAACGUGGCGGCCAUCAUCCAGGACAUUCAUUCCCAGAGGGAGCGGGACAUGUUCCGGGAAGCAGACAGGUACGGCCCCGAAAGGCCACGGUCUCGCAGUCCCGUGAGCCGGUCACUGUCCCCGAGGUCGCACACCCCGAGCUUCACCUCCUGCAGCUCCUCCCACAGUUCCCUGGGCCUCUCGAGGGUUGACUGGGGCAACGGCCGGGACUCCUGGGAGCACUCUCCCUACCCCAGGAGGGAGGAAGACAGAGACCCGGCCCCCUGGCGGGAGAACGGGGAGGACAAGAGGGACAAGACAGACACGUGGGCACACGAUCGCAAACACUACCCGCGGCCCCUGGACAAAGCCGAGUUGGAGGAGCGACUCGAGGGCACGAGGGGCCACCGGGACAAGCACCCGAGGUCUGGGUCCCCCAGCCCUCUCCAUGCUGCGUCGGGCUACAAAGGUCGGGACGAUGGCUACUACCGGAAGGAGCCCAAAGGCAAAUCGGACAAGUACCCGAAGCCGCAGCAGGACGCCUCGGGCAGGAACAAGAGGAAAGAGGAGGCCAGGCCGCGGGAAAGCAGGCACCCCCACCACGACGGCGCGGGCAAGGACGACGGGCUGGAGCCCAAGGUCAGCAGGGCCCCUGAGAACACCAGGCCCAAGCAGAGUGAGAGGAACAGAACCAGGAGACCCGACAAAGACCAAGAAGGAGCUGCUGACGGAAAGGACAGCGGAGUGGCAGAGAAUGAGGCCGGAAAAGAGGGCAUGGAAGAAAGCACCCCAUCGGUGGGCAGGCAGGAGAAGGAAGCAGAGUCCUCUGACCCGGAAAACACAACAACAAAGAAGGACCGAGAUUGGGAGAGCGGGAGUGAAGCAGAGGACGAGAGCUGGUACCCCACGAACAUGGAGGAGCUGGUGACCGUGGACGAGGUAGGGGAGGAAGAAGAUUUUAUCAUGGAACCGGACAUCCCAGAGCUGGACGAGAUCGUGCCCAUCGGCCAGAAGGACAAAAUGUGCCCAGAAAUAUGCCCCUGUGUGACCACUGCCUUACCCCUGGAUCUAGCCAAGGAUUUCCCCAAGGAGGGGGUCAAGGCCAUGGGUAACGGGGCUACGGACACCAGCCACAAGCCUCCCGGAGAAGUGCCUUCUGCUCCCACGAGCUGUCCCAGCGACAUGGACGUGGAAAUGCCUGGCCUAAAUCUGGAGGCUGAGCAGAAGCCAGCUGAAUGCGCGACAGGCCUCUCACUGGCGGGUUCAGAUUGCUACGAGAAGCAGGCAAAGGGAGCAGAGAGCUCAGAUGUUCGUCUGUCCCCUGCACUCCAGCAAAUGUCUUCCCCCAAGCCAGCGGAGGAGAGGGCCCGGCAGCCUAGCCCGUUUCUUGAGGACAGCAAGGCCAGGGCGACUCCUGAAGAUGGGGCCCGUGAAGGCAGCCCCGUGGAAGAGAAAGCCAGCCCCCCCACCGAAACCGACCUCCAAAGCCAGGCUUGCCAAGGAGUGUCGACCCAGGAAAACGCCAGGUACUUGGAAGUGAAACCUCUGGACGUGAGGUCACCAGAAUACACAGAAGUGGAGCUGAAACAGCCCCUUUCUCUGCCUUGCUGGGAACCGGAGGAUGUGUUCAGUGAACUUAGCAUUCCUCUAGGGGUGGAGUUCGUGGUACCCAGGACUGGGUUUUACUGCAAGCUCUGUGGGCUGUUCUACACAAGCGAGGAGAUGGCGAAGAUAAGCCACUGUCGCAGCGCUGUCCAUUACAGGAACUUACAGAAGUACUUGUCCCAGCUGGCCGAGGAGGGCCUGAAGGAGACGGAGGGGGCAGGCAGCCCGAGGCCCGAGGACAGCGGAAUCGUGCCCCACUUUGAAAAGAAAAAGCUCUGACCUGUGCUGCUGGAAGCCGGGAGGGAGGGCCCGCCCGCCCAGGCGGGGCCUCCGUGACCACCAGGACGGGGACUGACGCCAGAGACGAAAGAAAACCGGGCAGGCCGCGUCGCCUGGGUUUGUUCUCGGAGACUCACGAAAACGCCCUGCAGUGUUUCCCAGGGCUGUUGCCCCAAGUGUCCAGCCCACCGAGGGUUGCCCACCCUCUCCUUGUGCCUCCUGUUUCCUUCAGACUGUCUUUUCAUUUUGCUUCUCUCUUCUCUCUCCCUCCUCCUGUGCCAAGGGUCAUUUCCUUUUCAUAAAAUCCAACUUCUCAGGGAUUUUCACAGUGUUCAAAUUCUUGAUGGGCUAGGACAGGUCAGGCCAGGCUGAGGCAUCCAAGGAAAAAAAUUCCACAGAAGCUCCUGGGUCAAGAACUGCUUCAGCGAACCUGGGACGGUUUUUCUGCCUGGCAUCCUGGGCGGGGGGUGAGCUGCGAGGGGUCCCGCGGUCCCCGGGAGGGGCACCUUCAACGAUCUGUUGGCAGAAGCUGGGAGUUCCUCUAGCUGGGCCCCCUUUUGGAAAAGCCCCUGAUUUUAUCGAUGACUCUUUUGCCCUCUCAGUUAUCCUACAUGUCUAGCAGGGAAUUUUUACAGAGGAGGAAAUGAGCUCUUCAUUUGAGGGGCUCUGACAGUUUCUCCAGAAACUUACUUUCCUCCCCUUGAUGUCAGGACAUGCCAGGGUUUGUUCUAUGCUGAACAAUGAAUUUGCUGUCGAUUCACUUCAACUAAAAACAAAAAUGGAAGCAUCCUCUCCCUGCAACUAACACAGUAGUUGGUAAAGGCUCAGGUUGAGUGUCGGCCUCCCGGCCACGGGAGAUGCCGAAAGAAGGAAAUGGCAUCUGUCCUUGACUCACCCUUGGGCCCGCACUCUGGCCCCGGCAGCCUCGCAGUGGGAUGGUGGUGCAUGGUGUCCUGGUGCCGGGGGAGCUAAGGAAAGAAGGCUGUGUGUGGGGCUGCCGAGGGUCUGAGCAUGGCCUGUGUCUGUAGGUAGGCCCUUUCCGACUCGGCAGGAAGUCAAAGCCGGCUCAGCGUUGACUGCAGAGCUGUCUGCACGUGCAGACCUUGAUAAAAUGUUGUGAAGAACAAAGCCCUGGCCCUCACUGGGCUCUCUGAUACCAGAGGGCAGUGCCUUCAGGCCCCAGACAGGCUGCGGGGCUCUCGUCCGAGGUUCUGGUGGAAGGCUCUGGGACGAAGGUGUAGGGGGAACGAGGCCUGGCUGCCUGCCGCCCUAGAGAAGACCUCAGGGCCCCAGAGGGGAGCCUGGUGCUGUGUCCGCAGCUGACACACUCGACUUGGAGUGCCUUCCCUGGCUCAGUCUUCGCAAGACAGUCCCUGUGUCUGUUCCUGACCACCAGCAUGCAAACUAGAAAGAGAUUGGUUUUUUUUUUCCUUUUUCUUUUCAGGUAGAUAGUGUACUGCAUAUUCUGUCCUCCACACUAAAGGCAGAAAGGUAGAGAGAUUAUCUGAGUUCAACACUGUCAGUGAGGAAACCGAGGCACAGAAAGGCAAGAAAUGUGGAACACAAAUACAAUGAUCAUGUGUAAGGCUUGGGGCAGACGGUCACCGACAAGGAGAAACCUGCUGGGAACCUGCAAGAGAAGAGUUAGGACACCAGAGGAAAUGGAUCCGCUUGGACAGGUGUGGUGAGAAGAGGCUGCGGGAAGCAGGAAACCUGAACUUGGCCCCUGGCUACCUGGGGGCCUCAGAAAGGUCUGUGUCUCAGAGCAGGGUUUGAAGAUGGUGGCGCAGCCUGGACCUGGCAGGUCCCCCAUCCGCCUCCCCGGGUGUUUUUUGAAUCCGGCAUUCUGGGAACCAGCCUCCUCCAUUUCUCGGAAAACCUUUGGCCCCGAGCAUCUGUCUCCCCACCAGAGGGGAAGCCCAGGGCCAGCUCUCCAGCCUCCUUGCAGAACCGUGCUGGGAAAAGCCUGCCACCUGGGUCAGAGGCUGGAACUGCGCAUUGUCCAAGAGGCUGGCAGUCUUCUCCCCGCAGAGUGGACGCUGACCCCAGCGGCGUUUCCAUGGCAAUCGGGAUGGCUGUCCAAACAGCCUCAUUCCUGAGUCAUGCAACAGCUCCCUUGCUGACAGCCCGACCUUGUCCAUCUUGGGAAGCUGGAGAAAGCCUCUGGGAGGCGGGAGGGGCCCUCUGCACUCGGUCAGAACCCUCAGCUAAAAAGCUAUCCAAGAAUCUAUAUUUGCGUGUACAUAUAUUUAUUUUUAUACAGUCCCAUUGGCACGGUCCUUCACCCACUCUGCAAUUUGCUCUUUUUAUUCCUAUGUGUGUCAUACACACUGCAGCAUUAGAGACAACCGGGAAAAUACUGAUUUAUUUUUUAAAGUUUUUCUUCAGUGCGUGUCAACCAUUUCAAAGUGUCUCCCCAGAAAGAUUGUUCAAGAGCAGCUGUUACCUUGAGCAGCAGACUCGUGUGUACCCUGGGCUCACACCACCGAAGGUCAAUGCCAUUCUCUUCUCAUCGUGAGCACCUGAAAUGAAGUACACCCAAGCAGUAUUUCCAGAUCAUUCGGUAAAUUUGCAGUUCGUGCGAGUAUCCGGGUUUCCUGUCCUUGGGCAGUCCGAGGCUGUGAUCUGUUGGAUUUUACUUGAACUGGACCAGAGUUUGUUUUCCGAGCUUACGAGAAAAAGAGAAACACUAGUUAAUUUAAGUUGGAACUUGUAAAGUAUUAGAAUUUGUUGACUGUCCUAUAAAUUGUCACUUUUCCUGAUCUGUACAACUGACUGCAAGUGUUUGUUUUUACAAAAGGAGAAAAAAGAUUUUUAAUAAAGAGAAUGUGAAAGCUUG